AUGUCCGCUGGCGGAUCGGAGCGCAAUGAGAGCUUGGCAGUCGAUUCUGCUGAGGUGCCAUUCCCAACGCCAGGAGACGACGAUGGCAACAUCUAUGCUUCUUCAGUCCAGUCCGGUGUUUUCAAUUAUGUAUACGCAAAUGGAAGGCGAUACAACUCCUACCAUUCUGGUGGGUGGGUGGUACCCAACGACCAAAGCGAGCAAGAUCGAAUGGACCUCAUGCAUCAUCACUGGAAAGCCAUGCUCGGCGGAAAGUCGCUGCGAUUCGGCGACCGUGUUGAAAGGAUGGGCCGAGUCCUAGACAUCGGAACAGGCACUGGUCUAUGGGCCAUCGACGUCGCAGAUGAGUUUCCAGAAACAAUGGUGAUUGGGACAGAUCUUUCGCCGAUCCAACCUAGCUGGAUCCCUCCUAAUUGCCAUUUCUUCGUGGACGACGCGGAGUCGAUGCCGUGGGAAUUCGAGCACAAAUUCGACGUGAUCCAUUUCCGCUCGAUGGAAGCAGCCUUUGCAGACUGGCCAGCCAUCUAUCGCCAAACGUUAGACAACCUGGAACCUGGAGGAAUCGUCGAAAACCAGUCUCUGGAGACGUGGAUCUUUUCACUCGAUACUGAAGUUCCGCCAGGAAUUAUGGAGUGGCAAACAUCGCUAAUAGAGGCUGCUAGACGCUUUGGAAGAGACAUGGACAUCUCAUCGCAGCACCGAAGGCUGAUGGUCGAGGCGGGCUUUACUGAAGUCGAAGAGGUGACAUAUAAGAUCCCUCUCGGGCCCUGGGCGAAGGGCGACAAGGGACUCAGUGAGAUCGCGCUCGCAGUGGCUCUGUACGCAAUCGAGAGCUAUUCUCUGGCGCUUUUCACCGGUCAACUGGGCCUGACUGCGACGUCCGCCCGGAUGGCUUCGCGAAGUCAGUUUGAGGGCUUCUCGCCUCCGAAGACUACUCUACAGCGGUUUAUAUUCAAUGCCUGCGAUCCUGUCUCGAACUAUGAGCCAAACCUGGCACUCAACCUCGAGAUUGUGGACAUGAUCAAUGCCAAAAAGGGUAGUGCACCCAGAGAGGCUGCCUCGACCAUCGUUCAGCUCAUAAAUCAUCGCAAUCCGAAUAUCUCCCUAUUAGCGCUAGGACUACUCGACAUCUGCGUCAAGAACUGUGGCUAUCCGUUCCACCUCCAGAUUAGCACCAAAGAAUUCCUGAACGAGCUUGUGCGCCGGUUUCCUGAGCGCCCGCCAAUCCGUGCCAGUCGAGUUCAGAACAAGAUCCUCGAAGCGAUCGAAGAAUGGCGGAGCACAAUAUGCCAGACGUCCAGGUACAAAGAAGAUCUCGGCUUCAUCCGAGACAUGCACAGGUUGCUAUUAUACAAGGGAUACAUGUUUCCUGAAGUCCGGCGAGACGAUGCCGCGGUCUUGAAUCCCAGCGAUAAUCUCCAAUCUGCCGAAGAGAUGGAGAAAGAAGAGCGCGAAGCACAGUCAGCGAAACUGCAGGAACUGAUCCGGAGAGGCACGCCGGGCGACCUGCAGGAAGCCAACAAGUUGAUGAAAGUCAUGGCAGGCUACGAUACCAGGAAUAAGACCGACUACCGCGCCAAGGCUGCCGAAGAAGUCAUGAAGAUCCAGCACAAGGCUAAGAUUCUCGAAGAAAUGCUGCAAAACCACAAACCUGGCGAAACCAUUGGUGACGGAGAUGUCUUCGAGGAACUUGCUUCGGCCUUGGCGAGUGCGCACCCAAAGAUCCAGAAGAUGUGCGAGGAGGAGUCCGACGACGCCGAAGCUGUCGCGAAGCUGCUCGAGAUCAACGAUAGUAUCCAUCGUACCAUCGAGCGAUAUCGACUCAUGAAGGCUGGCAACGUCGUUGCAGCGAAUCAGAUCAAAGCUGGAACACUCGGCACAACUACUGGAGUUGGAAAGAAUGCUGCGAAUGAACUCUCACUUAUCGAUUUCGAUCCGGAGCCUCCAACUCCCUCCGCCGAUCAAACUGCCAAUGGGUCGUUACUGGAUGGCGCAGGGUCGACAAGCGGACCGUCUCGACCAACUACUGUCGAGGAUGAUUUACUUGGCUUGUCGCUGGAUGGCACCCCGGGUGGAAUGAUCUCCCUUGGACCGAGCUCGACCAGCGCAACCACUGAUAUGUUCGGCACUCCACAAUUCACAAAUCCGCCGCAAGCAUCGAUCCCCUCCUUCAGCUCACCUAUGGCAUCGCCUCCACCACAAGCAUCACCAAAGCCACCAAACUACGACGCCUUCGCCACCUUAACAAGUGCAGUUCCAUCCUCGAAGCCAACAACACCACAACCUAACCUCUUCCAGCAGCAGCAGCAGCAGCAGCAAAAAGCCACACCUGUGGACCCCUUCGCGGCGCUCGUCUCCGGGAGUUCCCGUUCCAACACACCGUCAGGGUCAAGGCACGUCUCGCAAGCAUCAAGUGGCCAACAAGCCUCCCUGCUCGACCUCUCCAGACCUUCGGCGCCUGCCGCUGCCCCAGCGGCCUCCACAGCAGCGGACGACGAGUGGACAUUUACAUCAGCCGUCCCCUCGGAACCCGAGACAAGCAACGUCCAGGUCCACAGCUCCGCCAUCGGUAUCAGCUUCCAAUCUCGCCGCCAACAAAAUCAGUCACAGCCGAACACCCCAAUCCACAUCACUGCUCACUUCAGUAACAACUCCCAGCAACCUAUAACAGGCCUCAAAUUCGAAAUGGCAGUCGAAAAAGCUACAGCCUGCAAAUGA